UUUGCUAGUUAUUUUUCACUCCAUGUCAAUGUCGGAACUAUAAAAGUUCUCGGUUGAAGAGUAACCAUAUCAAUCGUAACCAAAAACAUUAUAAUUUGUGUUUAAAAGUAUUUUGACCAUUUGAAAUGGACAGUGACAGACUUUUGCACAAAUGGAUUUAUUUUUGCUUGCUAAUAGUAUCGAGUUAUUGUCAGUUAGUUGUAAAUGUUAGAAACAAAGGUGGGGAGACUAUUGUAGAAAAGAUAAUAUCGAACACAACAGAUGACACUGUGACUCUUGAAUUUCUUGGCUCUGAUGGAUCAUUUGUAACGCAGUUCAUUGAUUUCAAGUCUGUAAGUCAAACUUUUAUAGUGGUAGUAAUAGCGUAUAUGUAUAUGGGACUAACUGUUGCUUAUACUUAUGUCAACAUUUCAUGGUAAUUUUUAUAGCCACGUUAAUAAACUUAAACCUUUUCUAUAAAUUAUUAGUAUUUAACAAAAUUAAGCAAAUAAUUAAUAUAAUAAAUAGUAUAGUGUAAAUUGUAAAGGGGCUUAUAAUAUUAGUUAUCAGGCCUAUAUUGCACUUUAUUUUAUGAUUCUCAAUAUAUAGUCAAGUAUAUAAUUAUAAAUAUUAGUAAUAAAUGUCCAAAAUACGUAGGCUAUAAGGCCCAUUCCCAUUAAAUUCAGUUGUCCAUAAAUGUCAGUCCUGAUAUUUUGGCUGAUUUUAAUGCCAACUAUAAACUAUUCACAAAUUUGUGCCCGCCACCCCGGAUAUGUGUUCUUGUUUAUAUGGAUGGCCCCCUAUAGCCUAUAGGGCUGGUUUUGAGUUAGCGGUAAGGCCGACGAUGUGUUCCACGGUAUAGUAUUUAGUAUAUAGGUCACGGAGGUCCUCCCAGUUCCAUUUCCACCUACAGCGCCAUACUAAAAAGAUUUCGAUGUUUGUAUUAAAUUGUAUUUACAUAAUGCCAGUUAUUGUUUUCUUAUUUUAUAUUUCUUGUUAAAUUGGGGAGGAGUACUGGGAUUCCCCAAUGUGACGUCACUGCGCUUAGGGUGAGAAAACUCUUGGCAAACCCCCUACCGUUAACUCAAAAUUUACCUUAUAAAUAUGAGGAGUUCAGUAGAUACAACUAUGUCCAUACCUUCAAUUCUAAAUCCAUCCUUUUAACUCCACAUAGUUUAUGGGACAAUCACUUCUCCAUGAAUGUGUCUAAGAUUUAAGCCCUGACACAGAUUAUAUAAUUUAUGUCGGAUAAUUACACCACAAAUUCAAUUUUAUAAUUCAUCCGCCAAAUUAUGAAAUUAUUUCCCCAAUAUUGUAUGCAUAUCCGUGGUAGGGUUUUAUUAAAUUCUUUCAACUUCAACAUGGAUUUCAGGAAGUUCAAAUCUUCAGAAUUUAUGUGUCGGGUGAAGAAGAACUGGGACAGACGCAGACUCAAACUGUGUGUUUUAUAACAAGAUUUCUGCGCAAUGACUUCAUUUCUUCGGAUGCCAUGUCAAAGCUGCGACAGGUUUGAAGCUUUUUUUUUUAAUAAAUUAAAGUGGCGUAAAAUAGUGGGGUAGCUAUACAUGAAAUUGUGGGGUAGCUAUACGUGAAAUAGUGGGGUAGCUGUACGUGAAAUAGUGGGGUAGCUAUACGUGAAAUAGUGGGGUAGCUGUACGUGAAAUAGUGGGGUAGCUGUACGUGAAAUAGUGGGGUAGCUAUACGUGAAAUAGUGGGGUAACUGUACGUGAAAUAGUGGGGUAGCUAUACGUGAAAUAGUGGGGUAGCUGUACGUGAAAUAGUGGGGUAGCUGUACGACUAAACUUUAUCUUUCUUAUUCUGUCUAAAAACUAUAAUAAAUAAACUAUUUAUCUGAUGCUUGUUUCAUUUGUUGUAUUGAAUGGCUUUUUUUAUACUGACGGAUAUUCAUUUUAAUUGUAUAAUUUGGGCUACGGGUUGUAGAAUUUGGGCUAGGGGUUGUAGAAUUUGGGCUAGGGGUUGUAGAAUUUGGGCUAGGGGUUAUAGAAUUUGGGCUAGGGGUUAUAGAAUUUGGGCUAGGGGUUGUAGAAUUUGAUAUAUAUACGAUUAAGAAGCUUUUUUCCCAAGGAACCCAUGUGAUAAAUUUUAUUACGUUUCGGCUGCGUGUUGAGAGGUUUUACACUAGACCAAGAACCUUGAUAUUUAAAUAAAUGGAUGAAAGUUGUGAAGUCAAAACCUGAUGCCAUAAUUUCAAUAUUCAUAAAUUAAAUAUAUACAUAUCUUUAAGUAACAGUAAGUUCUGUAUCAAUAUUUAAUAUAUAUAUGCAUCAUUCAAGUAACAGGGAUUUCUCUAUCAAUAUAUUAAAUAUAUAUGCAUCAAUUAUGUGGUCACUUCCAUUUAGAAAAAUCCGACCGCCAUCAGGACUCCUGAGGAAGAGAUGGAGAUGACCACCCACAUACUGGAUGUGAUGGUCAAUGUUGACAAGGCUUAUGUGAUUAGCCCAUAUGCUUUCAACAUCUGCAGUGAGGCCAAGGAUGCAACAUAUGCACAAGAACUGGAUCUUAGGACCAUCUCUAAAUGUAAGAAUUCUUAUCUAUCAGACAAUGUGCCUUCAUACAAUGAGCAAUGUUCCCUCUAAUUUUUUCUAGUCUCUGCGUGUAAAGUACACAGUUUAUACAUUAUUUAUUUGUUUACAGAAUUAAUACUUAAUGCUUAAAAUACUGAAAAUAAUACUGUACGAUUUUUUUAUUCUCUUUUAAAUAUGAUAAAACUAUUGUUGUUUCUUGCACAAUGCAAAGCCUGUAAAUUAAUUUAAAAAUUUUUUGUGGGCUACUGUUUUCAGAACUUUUUCAUCUGUGUGCUGACCUUUGCCCCCUUAUGUGUGCACAGCUUACGGGAAACAUUGCUGAGGAGUGCGCUGUCUUCUGUUAAUUUUUCAGUUUAAACUGAUCUGAAAUUCUUAAAUAAUUAAUUUGACUGUAAUUAAAAUUCUCUUACUUGUAAUUUCCCUCAUGCUUCUAUUUUCAGCACUGGGCAAAGACUAUAUAACAUUAAUUUCGGCAACGUCUGAGGUGCCCCCAAGCAAAUACCCCAAGUGCCGCAACUCCCAGGAUGCCACCAAGCCUUGCUCUUGUGAGAUCCGUACGUGCAUCGGCUGGUACCCAUGUGGGUUGAAGUACUGUCAUGGCACAGACUCCAGUGGAAAACUUGUCAGCUAUAGAUGUGGUAUAAAAACGUGUAAGAAAUGUGUGGCGUUUAUCUAUGCUGUGAACACCAGGUUGAAAUGCUUGUGGGACAUGUGAUCAAUUGGUGAUUGGUAUAUUGAGAAAAUGUGAUCAAAUAUUAUUACUGAAUGGUAAGUUGAAAUGCUUGUGGGAUAUGUGAUCAAUUACUGAAUGGUAAGUUGAAAUGCUUGCAGAAUAUGUGAUCAUUUAAUGAAUGGUAAGUUGAAAUGCUUGUGGGAUAUGUGAUCAAUCACUUAAUGGUAAGUUGAAAUGCUUGUGGGAUAUGUGAUCAAUCACUGAAUGGUAAGUUGAAAUGCUUGCAGAAUAUGUGAUCAAUUACUGAAUGGUAAGUUGAAAUGCUUGUGGGAUAUGUGAUCAAUUACUGAAUGGUAAGUUGAAAUGCUUGUGGGACAUGUGAUCAAUCACUGAAUGGUAAGUUGAAAUGCUUGCAGAAUAUGUGAUCAUUUAAUGAAUGGUAAGUUGAAAUGCUUGUGGGACAUGUAAUCAUGAGUGGUAAAAUGUGUGAAAUUGGAUGACCGAGUUCUCCAAGGGUAUACGCUCGGCCUAUCUUAAACUAACUAGAUUCCAUUUGUUGUAACAUUUGUGUAUGAGUUUUAUGUUUACAGCCAUUACUGUGACGUAUUUAAGUCAACAUGUUCUUUGUUGUUAAGCAUUUAUUUCCUUGUUGAGUCCAAGGAACUUGAAAAUUUAUCUGAAAAAGCAGUGUAUAUUAAAGCUAAUUGGCUAUGUGUUAUUCAUAUAGCUGUGUGCUAUGUGUUAUUCAUAUAGCUGUGUGCUAUGUGUUAUUCAUAUAGCUGUGUGCUAUGUGUUAUUCAUAUAGCUGUGUGCUAUGUGUUAUUCAUAUAGCUGUGUGCUAUGUGUUUUGAUGGCGUUUGCUGAAGAACACGUUUUAAUAUUUAGCUUCAAUGAGAAGCCUGUCACUAAAUCUGUUGACGUACUCUUGCACUGCAUCAUAGCUCCAUGAUUAGAUAGACAUUUGAGCUCCAGGUUUUGACAGACCUGAGGCUUCAUGCUUUGAUAGACCUUGAGCUGAAUGGAUUUCGAUAGACCUGGAGUUUGAUGCAUGUUGAUAGACCCGGAGUGCCAUGUUUUUUGAUAGACCAUAAUCAAAAUAAGUAAUUUUAUAUAAUAAUCGAGGCGCUUUCUUGAUUAAUGUCCUGCAGCUGUUCAAGCCCCUCUGUUGUUUGAAUAGAUAAGAUAUUUAAUGGGGACUGUCAACUAGAUUUACUGUUUGUGUAUUCAUAUCCCCUCCCACAGCUCCCCCAAUGAUGUGUCAAUAUAUGUGAAUAAUUAUUGAAUCUUCUCUCGUAUCUCCAUAGGUUGGAUGCAAAAUUAAAACAAAUGUAAGAUUGGUGAAAAAUGUUGUAUGUAUUUUUAGAAUUUUUGUUACACCACCUAAUGUGUUAACAGUCUGAUAUGUACACCACCCACAUGCUAACAGUAAGAUGUUCAAGGAUAUAACUCCAGUUCUGUUCUUUAUACAUUUUUGAUGAGUUUCAUUUGACCAAAGAUGAUCACAUUCUGUGUUUGACCACUUGACUACUUUAGUGUCCGAGGGUUGUUGUUUUUCUAGGUGUGCUCAGUAGACUGACCAGUGGAUAAGAUGACUGUGUCCAUAAUGAAAAGCAAAGAGAGGGUGACUUGUGCUCAAAGAUCUUUUUUAACUCGAAAUAAUUAGCCACUUAAUCCAAGAUCCUUAUGUGAGGGUGGGGGGGGGCGCAAGUCCCACCUGGCUGACAUACUGACUUGCUAGCCCCACCUGGCUGACAUACUGACUUGCUAGCCCCACCUGGCUGACAUACUGACUUGCUAGCCCCCACCUGGCUGACCUAAACUGACUUGCUAAUCCCAUUUGGCUAAGCUACUGAGUACUUGCUAGUCCCAUCUAGCCCCAUCUAGCUGACCUACUGGACACUUACUAGUCCCACCUGGCUGGCAUACUAAAUACUUGCUAUACCCAUCUGGCUGACCUAGUGACUGGCUAAUCCCAUCUGGCUAACCUACUGACUUGCUAGUCCCAUCUGGCUGACCUACUGACUUGCUAGUCCCAUCUAGCUGACCUGCUGGGCACUUACUAGUCCCACCUGGCUGGCAUACUAAAUACUUGCUAUACCCAUCUGGCUGACCUAGUGACUGGCUAAUCCCAUCUGGCUAACCUACUGACUUGCUAGUCCCAUCUGGAUGACCUACUGACUUGCUAGUCCCAUCUGGAUGACCUACUGACUUGCUAGUCCCAUCUGGAUGACCUACUGGGUACUUGGAAGUAAUGCUGUUUUUGUUGUUUUUUUGUUUUUGUUUUUUUGAAAUCUUGAUUUUCUAUCCCACUUUACUUUUACUUUUUUUAUGUGAACAUUUUGAUAUUUUACCACAAGAGAAUCAAAUAACUUUUUUUGUUUUAUGAAUAGUUUCUUGCAUUCUGUCGCUUUAACCCAAGUGUCAUUUUAUUGAAACUAAAUUUAUCUCCGUCAUAAAACAUGUACAUGUAGAUGGUGUUAUGGAAUGAGAAUCUAGUUUCUAUUGAACCACUUUCCUGCAAAGUGCUGAAAUGGUUCCUACUUGAUCAUAAUUUCAUUAAGUUUAUGAUGGUCUCUAUACUUUACAAGUACCGGUACUAAGCUACCAAGUCUGCAUCUUCACAAAAUGGAAAGUAUCUCUAACAAUAAAGCUG